CGCCCGAGAGCCACUAAUGUUUGUGCAUCGGCAGUAGAAAUACGCGAGCUGGCAGCAGGCUGCAGCGCAUCUUACUAUAGAAAAUUAUCGCCAUUCAAUCGCCAUCAAAUAAGGAAGGAAAUCGUACUACGAAAAAAAAAAAGUGUUUUGAAAGCUAUGCAGAAAAUAGGACCAAAACCAGAUGUCUGAAUCGUUAACAAGUGCGCGGAUUGUGGAGUUUAGUAGCAGUGGUUUGAUGAAUCGUGAAAUUUGAGGUGGAAAAUUUUGAUUCGGGCAGGAGAAAACGCAGAAAAGUUUUUGGGAGAUUAUAGGUGGAGUGAAAGGAAAAUAUACUUUGGUGUGACAGCUAGUGAAAGGUCUGCGCCGCUCGACUACUGGCCGUAGUUGCAUUUCUCCAAUUCGUGGCAACAAAGAGGGCGUGUGGGCAUAAUAUUGUUCGUGUGCCGAGAGAAGAACCUAAAUUUAGAUACAAGCAGGCAGUGAAAAUUACGUCGUGCCCAAGAGUGUUGCUCUGCGCCUACUAGUGUUUGACGGAUUGCUUGGAUUGCGCUUACAACAAUAAUAAUUGUGAUUCAUCGCCUUCGGCCAACCGAUUGUCGUCCAUACCUGCCUGGCAAGGUCCACUAGCGGAACAACUACCGUUCCGUUACAUACACAUACGGCGCCGCCGCCACCACCUGACGACGACGACUGCCGUGACUGGUCCGGUCAGCGUGUGGUAGUGGAUUGCUGCGGAGCUCCAGCCAGCCGCCAGCUCCGUCCAACACAUCACACAGUGUCUGUCAGUGGCUGUGCUGCUUGAGCUGUUGCAUCAUGGAUAUUACGCUGAUAGUCAAAGCCUCGAACCAGCAGUUCGACGAUCAGACGAUCAAAUGUGAACCCUCCUGGACGAUCCGGCGGCUCAAGGGACACCUGACCGAGGUGUACCCCGGGAAACCCAGUACCGACGAGCAGAAGCUCAUCUACUCCGGCCAGCUGCUCGGUGACAGCGUCGUACUGAAGGACAUCCUCCGACACUACGAUGGCCAACAGGCUCAUACCGUACAUUUAGUAUUCACACCGAAAAACAACCGCCACAGGGACUUCAACUCGGGUGGAACCACUGCAAGCACCAGUAGCAACGGCUCUGGCUCGACGACCAUGCCGCCAAAAUCCAACACAGAAUCGGGUGCCACAUCAACCACCGAGCUCCAGUCUAGCACGAGCUCCAGAGUGGAAUCGACGCGAUCACCGGAAGCAUUUGGGCAGCCGGACGGUUUACGGCAGCGGGUGACCGGUGGCGGUCAAAAUGGUAGCACAGUACCGACGACGAUGCCGACAUACCCCAUCCCGCCGGCUUCGGCUGACUACAUCAUGGGCCAACAGCUGGCCAUGCAGAACUGGAUGCAGCAGGCCUACAUGCAGUAUCUUAACCAAUAUAUGAAUGUGAUAUCCAACGGACAAAAUCCUCAAGCGCUGUACGCCAGUGCGCCCACCAAUGCAGCCAAUCCCAUCAUACCUCAAUCUAGUCCCCAAACAAAUGUCGCCCUACCGGCCAACCAGCCAAGUCAAAACCCGGUGCUGGCACAAACCCUACCCAACCUGGCCUACUACCCGUACCUGUCCACAAUGAGCUCGUCGCCGAUGCCAUCGGCCAGUAGCAUUCCGGCUCCGAUCACAUCCAGUGGCACGAUACCGACCAGUCCGUCGCCGGCCACCCCAGGUGUAACGCCCGGUCCAUCUAGUCAACCAACGAUUCCGAGCCCGGUGUCGUCCCCGGCUGCAUCUGCUGCCGGACCCAGUCCCAGUGGACCGUCUUCAAGCUCAUCUGCCCCGACGACGGCCACGGCAUCGGCCGCGACCGUACAGGCGGAUGCAACGGCACAAGCAGCGGCGGUACCAGCAGCUGCUGCACCCGUCGCAGCCGGUGAUGGUGCGGCUGCUGCUGCGGCCGCUCCAGCCCGGAGGUUCCCCAACAUCGUCGUGGAAGAGCAGGAAAACCGCGAUUGGUUGGAUAUUUUCUUUAGCAUGUGCCGCGUGGGCAUUCUCAUGACCGUGGUGUACUUGUACUCGUCGCCGAUGCGAUGCAUUGCGGUGUUAUUUGUUGGAGUGAUGCUGUAUCUUUACCAAAUAGGCUUCUUCCGCAACGACAGACCCGACCGCAUGGAGUUUGCCCGGCGACUAGUGGUCCAGCAGAUCAACAUGGCCCACAUCAUACGACAGAGGGCCGAACAGGCGCGAGGACGAGCUGCUGCUGCUGCUCCCGCUCCGCCGGCAGCCGCCAACCCUGCCGUCGCGGAAGCUACCGCCAAUGCACAAGCACAAACACCCACAGCUGCCUCGACCUCGACAGCAGCGACAGCGCAAACCGACGAAACCGAUGGAUCGAAAACGACGCAGACCACUAACGACGAUGCCCCCGCUCAACAGGGUGAAACCUCGACGGAACUCACUGGUGAAGAAGUAGCGGCGCCGGAUCCGGCGACGGCCAACGUCCCAUCUGAGGCUCACCGCGUAAACAUCACAGACGUGGCCGCAUUCCUGCGAACAAUGGUGCUGUCGUUUUUUGCGUCGAUUAUUCCGGAUACACCGGCCGCCUAGGCUAUGGCGGCAGCAACACGCCCAUCCCCAACAUCACAUCACGCUAUGGUAAUGUAUUUGUAGUUUGGUAGAACCGGGACUAUCGAAAUCUGUGAAUAGCUAUAUUGUUGUAGGAAAGGUGACACGUGUUUUUGAUUGUAGGAGGAUUUGCGGUCUAUUUAGCAGUCAUACGAAGAGAGAUGGGAUAGGAAAUCAACAUUUUUGUAAAUAUCAACACCUGAUUGGCCCAAUUUUUGUUACGGCUAGAAAUUUUCACAUACAUAUACUAAAUUAUAGAGAUGCAUUUUUUCUUUUAUAAAUUGUCUACGUUUUAAGUUUGAACUCACGCUACACACUCUAGAUCGUUUGAGCAGAGAGAGAUUUGACUUUCAAAUCGGAAUGCUGUUCACGUAAUUAACAUUUAGAUAUCGGCUAUCGACAUAAGUUAGCACUAGUACAGAAAACUAGGCGGCAUGUUCUGAUGCUAACUUUAAUCCUCUGAUGGAUACCUGGGGUCCUACUAUUGCAACAAGUGAUUAACAUUCAAUUAAGUUGAUGCCAAAGAAGAAUCGCAGAAUUCACGUGGUGUUUACGAGUAUUCUUGAUACUGUUUUUGGAAAAAUGAGAAAGGUGCUAUUGGCAAAGGUGUUCAGAAGGUCUAAUGUUCUAAUAGCCGCACCCUUAAUUUCCUAUUUCUAGCAAUAAAGAGUGUCCUACAUCACGGUAAAAAACGCUGAAAUACAAAUACCUAGUUGACCGAUCCGUUCCAAAUUUUUAGGCAAAACUGUAACCCGUUUAUAGGCCUCUGGCAUAUUCAUUUCGUUCAACUUCUAUACCAUAACACUGCACAACAUUUGGCGUCCGCUUCUUCUGUACGGAAAGCCACAUUUUCCUUAUGCCUUCUUCAGAUUUCAGUAUUUGUUCUUCAUAAUAGCCCAUAUUUUCCGAUGAGCCUUAGUUCCGGUGCAUUGGGCUAAAAGAGGCCAUGUAGCCAUAUGGGUGUUCAGCAUGACCAUGCUGAGUGAAGCGUUUGAUUCCUUUUUCGUGAAGGAAAUUUCCUUGAUUUUCUUGGGUAUAGAGUAUCUUCGUACCUACCAUACGAUAUACACAUGCAAAAUGACCAUUGGCAGAGUAAGCUCUGAAUUAAUAACUGUGGAAGAGCUUGUAGAACACUGCAGGUGCCGGCAUUAUGUGAUACUUCUAGUGGGGACGUAAUUUCAAGAAGAACAAAGAUGUUUACAAAGUUCUUACAAAGUCUUAACACGGGAAAUUUGAAUACAACUACCAAACAGGCAAUUGGAUUGAUCAACAAGCGACGUUGCUUUUUGGCUCUUUUUGGGGGACGCUAUUUUUAUCAAUACAUAGUUACUUCGAAAAACUGAUAGAUAAAAAUACAGUGCAAACAAUACACUCGAAACUAUUUCCACCAAAACUUUUAAGAACAAAUACCGAAUAGGUAGUUUUCUACAGCGUUUUUUUGUAAUGAAUUUUAAUCUGGGACACCUUUUACCUACAAUACAAUUGAUGUGUAUCCACCAGUUAUAGUAAACUGUAUGAUAAGUCACAGAGAACAGAAAUCUAAGUCUAGUUUCAAAACUGUGUAAGGAAUUUAACGGUCAUUUAAAAAGGCAAAACAAGUGGCAACAUCGUGAUGGCGCUGUUAUCGCUAAGUUCCCACGCUGCUGUCAGUGGUGAAUAUGAAACUUAUCUAGAUAUGCGUAUUCACCCCUGACUGUGGCAACAUGCUGCUUAGGUGACGCUAGUGUUCUCAACGCUAAAAAUAUUUGCCUUCUUACACAGCGUUUGAAAGAAAAUUUGUUCUAACUUGGAUGUCUGUUCUAGUGGAUAAUAAACAUUUGUUAUGUAAUUCUUUUCGUACGCCACGUAACAUGUAUUUUUGUCAACAAUUGGAGCGACCAUUUUCUGUAGCCGCACUACACUUUUUCUUUGGUUAUUUAUGUUUUCAUAAAAAAUCACCAAAAUGACACAUUUACGCAAAUACGAGGGAGAAAUAAUGAAAAUUCUAUCGAUCUAUGUACGUUUCAGCUUGUAAAAUAUCGUAACUGUUAUACCAUUUUUACUUGUAAGUAUAUCUAUUAUCAUGAAAUCAAUAUAAAAAAUUAAACAUA